AGUGUGCAUUAUAUGGUUUUAACCAAAAAAAACUGUCAAAGAAAAUUUUCAGUUGUCUCAGCUUUCAACUUAGAUCCUCUCAGCCUUCCAGUUUGCUGUCACCUUCAACUUCCAUUGCAGUUGCUGCUGACAUUGCCUCGCCUCUCCUCAGCCUCCACAAACGGCACCUAUGUUACACCUCCCAAGAUACGUGCAUCGAUGAUCAUCUAAAGCCAAAAAGCCAAUCAAUCACAUACAAAUACAGAGGAAAGAGGAAUGCCUCAUGUUUAGCAAUACUGCUGGUCAGAAGGUGGAUUAGUUAUUGGGGAGAGGUGAUUAGGCAGGGUAUGGCAUAUCUUCAGCUUGCCGAGGACAUGACCCUUGAUAGGAGGGGGUGGAGGUCGAUGAUUAGGGUAGUGAGGAAGUUGAGUAAAUCUUGGGUGAACUUGAAUUACAUGCUGCAGCUGUGGUUGCAUGGGAGCCAGGAACCCAUGGUUAAUUCAAGAAGUAGAGGUUGCACCUCCACAGAAAAUGGAGGUUCACCUGAAGAUUCUGUUCGCCUCCCUGUGCCACACUGUUAUUUCUGGAAAGCAAAAGGAAAAUACGUGUUUAGAUUGUCUAUGCUGAGAUAUAAUUUCAGAUUUCCCAUCCUAUGCGUCAAUGGUUACUGCGGGUCCUUCUCCAGCCGAUUCUUAUGAAUUCUGAUCUUUUGUGUUGUCUUAACCGUUUGUUUCCAUGGAGGUGAAUUGUAUCCAGUAUUAACAUGCUGAAAUGUUUGCUGUGACAUUAUUUAUUAAGAGCUUUGCAAGUAAAAGUUUAUUCACUUCGCACAGACUUAACUACAGAACGUAGUUAUAAUGCUUGGUGACAUUAUCUGGGAAGCUUUCGAAGUCUACUAAAUGAUAGACUCGCUAAAUCUAUCUGGACACGGCUGAAAAAAGGGAAAUUACCUGUGAACUCUGGCCAUAAGCAAAGGAUGGCUAGUCUCAAGCCAUGGAAGAAAAUCUGGAAAAGGAAACCUCUUUUAUAAGGUAGCAUGUUUCUGUAGGAGAGUGCUCAGUAGUUGUCACUUAACAUUGAUUUACAUAAAAGGAGAUGUCACGUGCAGAAGAUGUUAUCACCUCUCCUUUCUUUGUGUUUUGGCCUCACAGAUAUGACUGUGUUUUCCUCAUCUUUAAUAUGAGGUGGACUUUGCCCAAGACAAUUAAGGACCGGCAUUUGGUGAUUUUUUUUGUGGAAAGAAAAAGGCAAGUUUUUUUUUUCUCUUUUUUAAGCGCAAAAUAGCAAUAUACAUGGACUGAAAUAUAGGUGUCUUUAUCUUUUGGCUUUUUGGUGUAUAAUGGGAGUAUAAUACAAUCUCUCGAGUGUUCUGUUUUAUUCAAUUUCCUAAAAAUAAACGA